GCGGCUUCCAUGAAUGGGAAAAAAACAUUUAUUUGCUGUUACUAGUGUUAGGGAUACCUCGAGGCACGCGCGAAUAAAUCAAUACGUCAGUUGUGUAGGCAUUAUUGCCAAGGAAACACAGAAGAAUUGGCUGAUGGAUCUUACUUUAUCGUUGAUGGAUUCUCGUGGAUUUGCAUGAAUUGGAAUGUAAGAAUAAAAUUGGUACAGCCAAUUUCAUUUGUUCAAGUGUUCAUGAACUUUUGUUGCCCUCAAUUUCGUGGAUUCUACAGCUGCCUGGAAUAGCAAGUAUGGCGGGUACCAGUGUUUGCAACGAUACCUCUGAUGCAGUGGAACUGUUUGAACCCCAGGGUCUUUACUUGAAACCUGUAGCGAAGCUGAAUGUGUCUGUUCAGUUGCCUCAGCUAAAACAGCCAGGGAAAUCGAUCUCAAACUGGGAAGUCAUGGAAAAAAUAAAACACAUGAUUAAACCAGAACAGUUCAUCAACUUAAAAAUCAUUAAGAGCACACUGGAGUUUUUGAGAUUUGAAGGAGAGAUUGAAAACAAAAGUGUGCUCAAAAAUUGCAUUGCUAAACUCGACGGUAAGACUAUGAAAUUGAGUGGCUUUCCUGACAAUCUUAAGGUUCGUUCUGCCGAAGCAAAGACUAAUUUUCCAACACGACACAACUGGGAUAGCUAUUUCCGUGAUGCUAAACAUAUGAAUGAACUAAAACCUGGGGAGAGACCGGACACUAUUUAUUUGAAGGAUUUACCAUCUCGAUGGUUUGCCAAUAAAAAAGAUCACAAUAAAGGCAAACCAAGUGAAUACAUUCUGAAGAAAGUGUUUGAAACUUUUGGUGAUGUGCGCUGUGUGGAUAUUCCAAUGCUCGACCCAUAUCGCAAAGAAAUGACGACAAAGACUGCUGUUUCUGGUGCUAUACAGACAUUUUCCUACGGUCAAGAUCUUCAGUUUGAGGCUUAUGUUCAAUUCAUGGAAUAUAUCAGCUUUGUGAAGGCCAUGGAUGCGUUGCGUGGAAUGAAACUCAUGUACAAAGGCGAUGAUGGAAAAGCUCUCACUGCUAAUGUCAAGACUGAUUUUGACAAAAGCAAGCAUUUGACGGACAAGGCAAUCAGAAAGCGACGGAUUGAACGAGAGAAGUUGAUGGCACUCGAACAACAAAGGGAAGCAAAAGUUCGCAAAGAACGGGAGGAGGAGGAGAGACGGAGAGAAGAAGAGAGGCUAAAGAAAGAAGAAGAAGAAAGAGAGCGUGACAGAAAGAGAGAAGAAAAACUCAGGAAACGGAUGGAACGGCGGAAAGAACGAGAGGAAAAACGUCGACAGUUGAGAUUGGAGAAAAACCGUCUUGAAGAGGAACGUCGGAUUGCUGUAAAGAUUGCGAUGGAGGAACGAAAGUUACUUCUGGCUCAGAGGAAGCUAGAAAGUAUACGCAUGUUGGAGGAGUUGUUCAAUAGAGUGAGGAUUAUAAGACAGCAAGAAGAAGUUGAGAGACAAGAAAGAGAACUUGAAGAACAACGUAGAAAAGAAGUGGAACAGGAAAAGUUGCGUAUCAUCGAGGAGGCAAAACGUAAAAUCAUCGCCGAGAAACGAAAAUCUGAGAGACUGGAAAAACAAGAAAAAAUACUCCGAAAUAAAAUUCUAAAAAAUCUCAAGACAAUUGAAGAACGAAAAGAGGAAAAGGAACGUGAGGAAUUAAGACUGAAAAUUGGGGGGAAAAUGCGAUUAAAAAGUGCAAUCGUUAUGAAGAAAUGACAAGAAGAAACUGUGCUGACUGAAAGGCAGGAAUUGAAAGAAUGGGAAGAACAGGUGAAGAAACAGAAGAAGUCAAAAUAACAAAAUAACGCAUUAUGAUUUAUGUCUCCAUACUUACGAAUACUGCCUAAUGGAGAUGAAUCGAGAUUGCGUUGAGUUGUAAAAUGAUGUAGUUUUCAGUCAGCAUAGACCUUUCUCAUAUCUAUCAUUGUCGCAUUAUCAGUAGCUGUCUAUCAUAAGUCACAUUUGUGCCGAGGAUAAGUUGUAAUCUAUGCGGGAUCGCAGGUGUGACAUUGCGUUUUUUAAAAACUUUGUGUUUUAGUGAACUGAUGUGUUCAUCAUCAUCGUCAUAAGAAACUGAUUGUUUCUGUCAUCACACAUGGAACUGUCGGGUUGAUACUCUUGUUGGAACUACUCACUCAAUCCUUUCAUGUUGCUUGAUGUAGUCUGAACUAAUUCUAUUACGUCUCAGGCUCCUCGAACUCUUUGUGACGGAGAUCUCAAUGUGAGAAAUAUUAUUGGAAAGGAAAGUCCAGCAUAUUUAAGUUGUAAAAACCUUUGUUUAAGUUUUUAAUAAAGAAAUUUUGA